ACGUUCUCAAGAUUGGCGAUGGAGUUCUGGCAAGUCUGUCUCUAUCUGGCCAUGACGGAAUUCGUUCUAGGGGAUGGAUCGAAGGCGCGCAGUCUGUCCGAUCAGCCGGCCUCAUGUCCCUUGUGCGGCGCGAUCCUGCGCCAGUCGAGAAAUCUCAGACGGCACUUAGAGCUGCUGCACUUCGGUCUGGGCAACAGCAACAAGCCCAAUGUUCACCGGCCGCCGAGGCGACCGGACCGCGCCAACGAUUUCGCCCUGUCGUCGGCGUUAGCGUGCGCCCGACCCACCGCCAGGAUAGACUCGCACCUCGCGAGGUCCUCCGAGGCCUCGGACUUUUCCAUGGUGACGCCCUUGUCGAUCGGCUCGUCUGUCAGUUCCGCAUCGAGCGUCAGCCUUCCAGGAAACCUGAUGGCCCCGAGCUCAAGUCUGCUGAGCUCCGCCGAUCAGAACGGGCAUAUCCUACCGGGAUCGGCCUCAACGACGUGCGGCACGUCCAUGGUACCUCCCAGCAACGGGAUCUACUCCUCGGACGGCGGCGCGAGCAUGCUAAGCUGCCUCUUACCGUCAUUGCCCACCUUGCCGUCCUUCUCCGCGUCGCACGAUGUGUUCCGGCACGGGGAGAUGCUGCGCGCCGGGAUCGCCUAUCACGACUCCUCGAGGCAGCAUGUCCGGCACAUGCAACGCACCGACGUCACUUAAUUGCGCGACGCGUCCACGUGGACGAAGACGACGACGGUUCGUUUGAGCGUCGUGAUUCUCGGCUUGUUUUUUUACAUAUAGCGGUGCCUCGCGAGAGAAAGCGCGACGCGUUUGUAAGCUUUUGCGUUCUAUGCGGGAGAAUCGAGGGGCGACAGUAUUUAGUCGAGCAUUGGGUAGAUCGUAUGAAAUGCGUUUAGAGUAUUUUGCGGAUUAACUUACGUUGUUAGCUUGAGAGACGGAGAAAAAGAGAGAACGCGCAAGAGAGAGAGAGAGAGAGGGGAGAAGAGAGACAGAGAGAAUGAGUGACUUGGCGCGAUAUACUUGAUAGUUCACGGACUUGUACAUUAAGAUUGCGGCGAGAACAAUGUGAGAGAGGGGAGAGAGAGAGAAAGAGAGAGCGAACGAGCGUAAAAGCGACGAAUGUAGACACGAAUGUAUCGUAUUAGGAAUUUUUUACUCGGUGCUGUGUGUACAUGAAUUCAAAUAUAUGCGACGUAUAAAUAAUAAA